AUGGAAAAUUUUAAUCUAACAGAAGAUCAGAGCAAUGCUCUGAUAUAUUUUCAAGAAAUUACACAAAUUGAUUCAAAUGAAAUUGGCAUUCAAUGUCUUUCUAUGCAUAAUUGGGAUGUACAACGUGCUGUUAAUACUGUAUUAACACCAAAUUCUGAUCUUCCUUCAACUCCAGAAAUAGUACAAAAUGAACAGCGAAUACCUCCUGUUACGUCAGUUACUGCUCGAUAUAUGCCAAAUUAUGCAUUGCAACUUUUUCGUACACCAUUAUCAUUUCUGUAUACUUUUUAUUUAAAACUUCAACCUUUUUUACCUUGGAGAAUUAUUCGUGCUGCUUUUUCAUUUUUUCGAUCCAUAAUAUGGACUCAACCACGACCAUAUCCAAGACCAUAUCCAGGACCAGAUCCAGGACCAGAUCCAGGACCAUAUUCGCGACCCGAUCCACGACCAGAUCCACUCAAGGAAAUUGAAGAUUAUUGUAGAUAUUUUAAUAAUAAAUAUGAUACAAAACAUCCAACAUUUUAUCAAGGAUUAUUAUCACAAGUUCUUCGAGAUGUACAACGAGAAGUUCGUUUAUUAUUUAUAUAUAUACAUGAUAAAAAUUCAACAUUAUGCGAUCGAUUUUGUCACGAAGUACUUUGUGGAGAUGCUAUCCAACUCACAGUCGGUGAUAAUCUUUUUUGGAGUACAAGUCUAGAUACUCAAGAAGGUGCUGCAGCUAGUCGUUUAUUAACUGCAAAUUUUUAUCCUUGCCUUUGUAUUAUUGCUCAUCACGGUUCACAACAAACGAUUCAAUUUAAGUUAGAUCGAUAUACUGAUUGUGACCAAUGUUUAGCGGAAAUUAUUAAUGCUGUUGAAAAUGCUAAUCAAACAUUACAGUAUAAUCGUGAACGAAGAACUAUCAGUAAUUCGAGAGAUCGUCUAUUAGAAGAACAAAAUGCCGCUUAUUUAGAUUCCGUUCGAAUCGAUCAAGAAAAAGCUGAACAACGUCAACGUGAAGAAAAUGAACGACGUAAAUUAGAAGAAGAAGAACAAAAAAAACUUCAAGAAUUUACUGAUUUUCGUGAUCGUCUAAGACAAUCACUACCUUCUGAACCAUCAUCAACAGAAAAUGAUAUUAUUCAAGUAUCAAUACGUUUACCAGAUAAUGAACCGAUUAAACGUCGUUUUCAACGAACUGAUUCCGCUAAACUUUUAUUUGAAUUUGCAUGGACUAAUGUCAAUGUACCUAAUCAAUUUGAAUUGUUAUGGGGUUAUCCUCGUAAACGUUAUCAAUAUGAACAGUUGGGUGAUGAAAUCAUAGGUGAUCUUAUGAAGGGGAAUACUGAAACAUGUUUUCUUGAACAGAUUGAUGAAGACAGAUAA